CGCAGCAGCUCCCCGCGAACUCGUCACCUGCUUCGCUCUGACGCGCGUUCCUACCGAAGAGCAUCCAAAAAAUAAAAAUGAUAGAACGCUAGCAACGCCAAGCGCACCUCCCCUGCUUGCCUUAAGGGCGCGCGUGCGAGCAGGAAGCCGCGGUGUUAUCAGCCCUUCGCCUGUGCACCGUGGGUUAUCGUAUCACUCGGAGGACCGCUCUCCAGGCCUGGAGAGCAAAGAACGGAGCGGCGCGGUGCGCGGCACGAGAAGGUCGCCCCGCGCCUCGGCCACGCGCUCCGGUCACGGCCGUCGGCGCGAGCCACCACCGCCCCGCAACGGCCGCAGCGCGCGGCCCCGCCCGGGGGACAUGGCCGAGCCGCGCAGCGCGGUGGCGGAGGACAGCUGCUGGAAACGAUACGUUGAGAGUGAGCUCGAAACCGCAAAACGAUGGUCUCACAAAUGGGGAUUCUUAAAAACGGCUCUUGAGGAGUUGGCUGAAGACGAAAAGAAAGAAAAAAAGCCCAAGAUAGAGCUCCCAGAGCAUCUGCGCAUUCGACCCGUGACACCUGUGGAAAAAUAUAUUAAGGUGAAUCCAUCUCCUCCAGUUCCUAGGACUACCCAGGGAUUUAUUGGCUGGAGAUCAGCUGUUCCGGAGCUCCAACUUGAACGCUGUUUUCAAAUCCAGAGCUGCAAAGGCGCCUUCUUCAAGGAUCUGAAAUGGCCACGUGAGCCCUCUGACUGACAGCUAGAAACAAGAAGCUAGGCACAUGGAACCACUCACAUUCCAAAGUUAACAUUCUCCAGUGGAUUGCUGAACACCUCUGUAAGCAUCCACAAUCACUGUGGCAAUGCGUGAACAUCAUGAUGCAGCAUUUUGCUUGUUGCAGACGUUUUGGAACCCAUAGCAUUCAGGCUGUGAAUACUGCUUCAGAGCUGCCUAGUUUCCCGUGGAGCUGCCUGAUGGGUUUAAGUAAUGCUUACAAAAGCCAUUCAGUAAAAUAAAGUCACUUUCUAAAAGCA